UUGGAUCGAAGGAAACUGGAUCAACCAUCAUCCGGCAGCUCAACAGAGUUCUUUUGGGCCGCCUCUGCCUCAAUCAGCCAAAACACAGUUGCAUGCCUAAAAAAACCAAACAGAGCCGUGCUUGGAAACCGAGACCCAGCUAGAGCUAGCUAGCCGGCGAGAUUGUUUGUUCCUCGAAAAUUUGCGUCUGAGCAAAGAGAUCUGUGAAUGCGAGAGUCUACUAGUAGUCCAGAGACCUACAAAAAGGUAUCAUAAAAUCAUCAGCUCACAAUCCAAACAUCAGCUCCACACACAAUCGGAAGCCACACAGUGACACAACACAAACACACAAUAAUAGCCACCAUGCGUCCCUCCAUCAUGAAAGUAAAGACCCAACGCGACUCUCUUGGCUCUGACUUGUCCUCGCUCAGCUCUACCCACAGCAAGGCUUCCACUCACAGCAAGAAGCGCAGCCGCGUCAGUUUCGACAAGGUUGAAGUCCAAGAAUACCCCAUGAUCCUCGAUGAAGCCCGCUACAAGAAUCCCUUCUUGACCAUUAGCUGGGAACCCUGCAAGAGACGCGUCUCGUCGUUUGAGGAGUACGAAAGUAUUCGCAGCCACGAAGAAGCCUACGUGGUCGAUCCCAAGGAACGUCUCUACAUUUGUCUGCGAUCGGGAGUGCCUUCGGCAUACAUUCGCGAGCACUUGGCCAAGCCCAAUCCUUAUCUUGUCGAAGACGAUGCCAUGCCCGCAGAAGGAGCAUCCUGCAAGGGACUCCUCAGCAGCAAGAGCGAAACAAGCGCAAACAGUCCCAACACCAGCCCCACCAGCAGCCCCAAAAAGUCCCGCCGCAAGGGUGUCUUUGCCAAGAUCAAGAUGCCUGGAUUCGGAGGACGCAGACACAGCAUUGCAGCUGCCUAAGGAUGGGUCAACACAAGAGAUACCAAAGGCUAGCUGCCUCAACACGAGACAGCACCCAGUUUUGACAUCAACACCUGAUAGAGAACGAGGAAGAAAGCCUCUCUGUUUCAAUAGUAUAUAGUAAAAUGAAAUACAUAGCACGGAAUAAACAAACCAUGACACGAAACCAACCAACUACUAGACUAAAGAUAGCAGUUAGUUA